AUGGUGACCGCGGGCCGGUCAUGGGUACCUGGAUUAUACCACGUCUCGCUCCUACUUGCGCUUUGCCAUAAUGUGCUUGGGAACACGACUGCCCAGUCUACUACGAAUGCCUCCCCUACCCCGAUACCGGCGAUGACGUGUCCGACCAGGAGCUCUUGGGAUAAUGAGGCAGACUUGUUCCUCUUACCGCCAUGUCUGGAAACACGCUGGGGCCCGGGACGACUUUUUGUCGGUGAUGCUGCGCCCCCUGAGCCCAGUGCGGUUGACUCUGAAUCGGCUGCCGCGUCGAGCGGGAUACCACAAGGAACUGGCAGCACACCACCCGAUCGGAGCGCGGAACAGGAGCAGGAACAUGAUACAGAUUCGUUAUUGGAUAGUGCGAGUUUCCUUUCAUUUGAAGACUGGAAAAAGCAGAAUCUAGCAAAGGUCGGACAAUCUGCAGAAAACGUGGGCGGUAGCAGACGAGCCGCUGCAGCAGGGAAAGAGGACCGCCGACAGCCAGGGAUCAAUAAUGCAUUGGACUCGCUGGGUGACGACGCAGAGAUUGAAUUGGACUUUGGUGGGUUCGGCGCUGAAACGCCCGAAGCUAGUCCUACUGCGUGGGGGACGCACAUCCCGGCGCGCGACGCGGGCCAUGCAGGUGGUGCAGAUGGCCAGGCCGGGGUCGAUAUCUAUGCGCAGGGUGCCUUGCGGAGAGGUGCAGCCCGCCGAAAAGAUGCAGGCACCACUUGCAAGGAGCGAUUUAAUUAUGCUUCUUUUGAUUGUGCGGCUACGGUGCUUAAGACGAACCCUGAGUGUAAGGGUUCGUCGUCGGUUCUUAUUGAGAAUAAGGAUAGUUACAUGUUGAAUGAGUGCCGCGCACAGAACAAGUUUCUUAUCCUGGAGCUUUGCGAUGAUAUUCUGGUUGACACCGUCGUUCUUGCGAAUUACGAGUUCUUCAGCUCGAUUUUCCACACAUUCCGCGUCAGUGUCUCAGAUCGAUAUCCUGCAAAACCAGACCAAUGGAAGCAACUGGGUGUAUACGAGGCGCGGAACACGCGUGAGGUCCAGGCAUUUGCCGUUGAGAACUCGCUUAUCUGGGCACGGUAUCUUCGCAUCGAGUUCCUCACUCAUUAUGGACAUGAAUUCUUUUGUCCGAUCAGUCUGAUUCGUGUUCAUGGUACUACCAUGAUGGAAGAGUAUAAACAUGAUGAGAGCUCCGACCGGGCGGAAGUUGAGGAAUUGGAAUCUGCUGAGGCCAAUCGGCCUCCUGAAUCGGAGAACAAGCCCGUCGAUGUCCCAGUACCGAUCGAGGAGCCUGCUGUUCCGGUCCUCACUCGCCCUCGAGUUGAGGGAAUUUGCUACAAUACGCUCGCAGAUCCGACUGCGCUCUUUGAAAGACUUCUUCGUACGGAGACGUGUAGUGUCGACGAAGGUCCGCCGGUCACCACUCCCUCAACGCCAGCGACGGCAGCCCAGACAAAGGUAUCGUCAAAGCAGAAUUCUACUGCCAUUGCAGGUGCGAGUACCUCUGUAAAUAAUACUGGAUCGUCCGCUCCUCCCAAGGUGGCAGAAGACACUCGAAAGACAGGCGAGUCUGCCAAAGGCGUUGUGACUACCCCCGAAGCAUCGAUAUCUUCCUCAGAAACUACUCAGCAGAACACGACAUCCGAAGCUGCCGGAAAAGCCACCACAAACACUAAAGAAGACUCAAAUAUCCCUCCCCCAGAGUCGACCAGACCUACAACUACCCAACCACCAUCCGCAAACCCAACAACGCAAGAAUCUUUCUUCAAGUCCGUCCAUAAACGUCUACAGAUGCUCGAAUCAAAUUCUACCCUCUCACUUCUAUACAUUGAAGAGCAGUCUCGCAUUCUACGAGAUGCAUUCAACAAAGUCGAGAAACGCCAGCUCGCAAAGACAUCUACAUUCCUCGAAAAUCUUAAUACCACAGUUCUUACUGAGUUGAAGGAAUUCCGUGACCAGUAUGACCUUGUUUGGAAAUCUGUUGCUCUCGAAUUCGAGCAUCAGCGCAUGCAAUACCACCAGGAGCUUCACUCUCUCAGCGCCCAGCUCGGUGUGCUAGCGGAUGAACUAGUCUUCCAGAAACGAGUCAUCGUCAUCCAGAGUAUUAUGGUCCUCUGCUGCUUUGCCCUGGUUCUAUUUUCACGGGGCUCAGUCAGCAACUACAUGGAAUUCCCUGGUGUGCAACGGAUGGUCACUCGGUCCUACAGUUUGCGCUCCUCCUCUCCUAUAUUUGCUUCGGCCUCGCCUUCUGCCAGUCCCAGUUCCACACGCCCAACCUCAUCGUAUCGUCAAAACGUGGGCCACCACAGGAAUCUCUCUGAUUCAUCCGAGGAGAGUGCGACUAGUCCCACAGUGGCCUAUGUCCCACCCACACCAACAUCGGAUUCUUCGCCGGAGCCGGAAGAAGAAACACCGCUUAAAAUGGACCAGCCUGACUCUCCGGAGUCAAUGUCAGUGCCCACCCUUGGAAUUCCGCAUCUUCGUCCCCAUAGCACCCCGCCGGUCUUGAAUGGACACAUGGACUUGGAUGCCUCCGACACUCAAAGUGACGAUGCACGGUCGGAUGCGCUAUGA